UCAAUUGAUAAUUGUAUUUGUUGUUGUGCAAUUUAGCUGCUAAUUUGCAAAAGAAGAGAUUUGAGAUGUCCAGCUCAAGCUACUUGCGUUUUCAACUAAGCUACCAAACAUUAUUUAGGUUGUGUUUUUCUUAUAUAUGAAACAUGUAUACAAACGAUUUAAACAUUUUUGCCAAGUUUUAAGCAAGCAGAAUUAAAUUUACGUUUAUAAAGAACUGUUUGACAUAAUUUGAUAAGUUUCUGUACCAAAAUAAAAUUGAGUCCCGAUAAAUUGGACAUUUAAGAGAACCUUAAAAGCAGUUCGUGUUAAAAAGAUCAAUUUGCUAAACCAGAUUAAUCCAUCAUUGUUGCUAAACCAGUAAUAUUUAGUGGAAGUUUGUGACAUGACGGGCUCGUUAAACUGGGAUUUCACUACGUUAUAAAAUCAUAUAAUACAUUUGAUAGAAAAAUAAAACAUAUCUGAAAAAUGACCGCCAAUACCAGACAAAAGUUCCUUAUAAAACAAUUUUAAAUCAUUGCAAAAGAUCUAAGAGUAACAUUCUUAACUUAUCAAUACCCCCAGCUAUUGAUUUUCAUACUCCGAAACACUGGCUGAAAAAAAUUAUGAUAGACUUGGUCGAAAUGUCCUUUUAAAUACUUCAUUUUCGUGGCAUCGGCUGUGUAUACAUAUAGAACCAGCUGGAAUUUGAGUAAUGGCCUACUGAUACGCAAAUUCAGACAGCAAUUACUUUCAAGUUUAUUCAGCAUACUUAGCCAAUGUUUUUGUUUAUUCAAGAUAAUUCCUCUUUAUAUUGCUGUAAGGAUAUAUUAGGAUAUAUUGAGUGUCUGUAAGGAUAUAUUAGUUAGAGUUUUUUGACAAUUACUACUCACCAAUCUGUAUUAAGUCCUGUUAAAAAAUUAAAGUAACUCAGUGUCUUCUUGAAGCCCAGUAAUUGCAGCCUGCAUGAAACUUAAUGUAACUAUGUGAAACAUCGAUAAACAACUUAGAACUCAGAGUUUCAAUUUGAAGCCCAGUAAUUGCAGCAUGCCUGAAACUGGAAGUAACUACCUAAAACAUCGAUAAACAACUUGGAACUCAGAGUUUCAAUUUGAAGCCCAGUAAUUGCAGCAUGCCUGAAACUGGAAGUAACUACCUAAAACAUCGAUAAACAACUUGGAACUCAGAGUUUCAAUUUGAAGCCCAGUAAUUGCAGCAUGCCUGAAACUGGAAGUAACUACCUAAAACAUCGAUAAACAACUUGGAACUCAGAGUUUCAAUUUGAAGCCCAGUAAUUGCAGCAUACCUGAAACUGGAAGUAACUACCUAAAACAUCGAUAAACAACUUGGAACUCAGAGUUUCAAUUUGAAGCCCAGUAAUUGCAGCAUGCCUGAAACUGGAAGUAACUACUUGAAACAUCGAUAAGCAACUUGGAACUCAGAGUUUCAAUUUGAAGCCCAGUAAUUGUAGCAUGCCUGAAACUGGAAGUAACUACUUGAAACAUCGAUAAGCAACUUGGAACUCAGAGUUUCAAUUUGAAGCCCAGUAAUUGCAGCAUACCUGAAACUGGAAGUAACUACUUGAAACAUCGAUAAAAACAAUUUGGAACUCAAGAGUUUGAACUUGAAGCCCAGUAAUUGCACUCAUUUGGAACUCAAGAGUUUGAACUUGAAGCCCAGUAAUUGCACUAAGCAUGAAGCUGACCGUUAUUGCCUGAAGCACGGUGUUGGAACGAAGUUUAGUAUUGUUUGUAUUCAUGCACAAUUCUUUUUAUAAAAAAACUAUCCUUUAUUCACAAUUUAAAUGUCUUCAGGAGUCAUGUGAUCAUGUCCACUUUCCUCUGCAAAAUGAAGGCCAGUUUUUAAUUAUAAUCCUUUGAAAACAGCCGAAUAUGUUUUGGCCUGGCUGCUGCGCCAUUUCAUGGGCCAUCUCCAUACGUCUCGUUUUAAGGUAUGUUUAUUCAGUUUUUCUUUGAUACUUUAAAAAGUAAUGGCAAUUGAAUGGCAGGCUAAGAAAAGCGAGCCAAAGGUGUAUACUUUUCUUGAAUACCGAGAUAUACGAAGAUAAAGGGGCAUCAAAAAUUGUCUAUUCGGUGGCCUUUAUUUACUCCUUGCUAAAAGUUCCUGAAUCUUUUUUGCUUACUGCUAUCAUUGAGUAACAAAUUUUUUUUUUUUUAAUUAAAGAAACGAAAUGAACAGGCAAAGGUAAUAAAAAUCCCGUAUCCUGAUAAAAACUACUUUUUCUGCAUCUCGUUUUAAAGCUUUGAGAACUGUCAUUUGUUGUUUUUUGAUUUACUAUCAAGAUUGCCCUAUUUCUGCCUAGCUUGGGCCUUGACAUGGAUACGCUCCAUGUUCAUUCAAAGUUUUUUCCUUCUUUUUAAAUGGUAUCAUCUGCAACCAUUUUAAAGUCGAUCAUUUUUCGUUUUUUUAAGGCUCUGAAUUAGACAUCUGCUUUGUCGAUUAAGAGCAUGCUUUUUAUGCAAAACGUUUUUGAGUGCAUUUGAAAGUAUGAAGAUUGUAACUCAAGAUAAGAGGUCGGCGUGUACUCUUCUACUGGUCAUAAGUUGUUUCCAAAUGGUGUUCUCUCAAAACAAAGGAGUACUAAGAUUGAUAGGUGGAACGUGGUGUCGAUAUUUUUUGAAAGAAUAACACAAAGCUAGUUGCAGUGCAUAGAAAAUGACAAAAUAUAUAUAUUUUUAUACUGUGAACUUAUUUGGGCGAAAUUUUGAUGAUUUCACGUUAUGAUUUGAUGAAAAAAUCCAAUGAAAGCUUGAAUUAAUCAUCGGGCGUUGAGAGUAUUUAGUCUUUAUCUGUUCAUCUUAAAAUCCUUGAUAUUCAUUAUUUCUGAAAAUUUAUUAUGAAAAUGUUUGUUGAAACUUAUUGAGUUCGUUAUUUGUUUAAGUUAUAUGAAACAUUUCAUAUAAGAUACGAAUAUUUGGAACAAACUUUUACUAUUAAUAACCUUUGCCUGACUAAUCUCGCUACAAUAAUCUCACUAAAUUGUGUAUCAUUUUUUGGCCCUUUUGCUUCCCGCCUCCUCCAAAUCCAAAAUGUUUCUGUCUGUUUAGGAACACAUAACGAAUAGUUAUGAAGUUAUGAUUCCUUUCGUGCCAAAUUAGCAAUUAGAAUUCAGAAUUUCGUGCCAAAUUAGAAUACCCCCACCGUGCCGGGCUUACACGAAACGAGUUACACGAGCCCAUGUUAAAAACACUGCCAGUAAAUGCUUAUUACACGUUUCUAUGAGGGUCCAUGGCACGUUUUAAAAUAGAUAGAUGUCCUUCAGAAUUCUACAAAUCUACGCCCCUAGCAAUAUAGAGUUGCCAUGACCUCUCUCCCCCUACAUUUCAUCUUGUUUGUCCGCUGUGGGAACACUGUAUUGAAUAGGAGAUACCACACAGGAAAAAGUACCUCAACUAUUUAUCAAAAGCUGAGCAAAUAAAAGUCACGAGAAAUAAAUUGAUUGUGUUUGCUUCAAGCAUUCGCUCCACUCUCCCGAUUCAAGAUCACUUCAUGUGCAACGCAUCUGUCUGGAUGAUAGCAUGGAAUAUCAAUAGCGAUUGGUAGCAGUUUUUGUCUCAUUCUUUGGACAGUGUCUUCAGUUUUUAAUAGGCUGAUGGCAAAAGAUGCGCUGGGGAAUUUACGCAAUUUUUCAGUCAACGAUGUCGUACUGGCGGAUUGGCAUGGUAAGCUGUACUACGCAAAGAUUUUGUCAAUAAACUCAGAAAGUCGAAAUGCCGUUUGUUGUUCGAUGAUGGGUCUACCUACGGCGUUCAAUUUAGCAAAGUUCAUAGUGUGAAUGAAACAACAACGGACAUAGUCUGUGUGGUGUGCAAAGAAGGUUCUACAGCACCGCACAACGACAUCGUUUUAUGCGAUUCCUGCUCAAUCGGCCCCUAAGUUGGAAAUGACUCGUUCCAUAUAUCUCUGAAGAAGAUAUGGAAUAAGCAGCCCCAUUUUUAAACGCAAUUGAAGGGAAACAACGAUUUAGACCAGGCGAGCAAAGGGAAUUGUCGUCACCCAUCGAGGGAAUUUGCAAGAACCACUCUAUUUGAUCAAUUUCGAUACGCUGAUUGCAAAAACCGAGCAAAGCCGGUACCCAGAAGCCUCUAUUUCAUAAUCAACCUAGUUUUCAUCAAAAAUUGGAGCGUUUAACAAUAGUUUUGUAAAUUGAUUUAAUCUUAUAUACUGAGUUGAAAGAAUGAUGUUUUACAGAAAAUAAGGUACCAGGAAGCCUUUAUUCUAUGUUAUAACCUCGCCUUUGUCAAGAUGUGAACGUAGAGCAACAGUUUGUAAAUUGAUUGAUUCUCAUUGAUUAAGAUAUACUGACUUCGAAACUUGAUCUUAUACGGUGGAAUUCUGAACAUAUUGGUACCUUCUUAUGCUUAAAAGUCGUUUUGUUGCAUGAGCCAGAAAGGCCUAAUUGUGACAAGGAAGUAGAUAUGUCCAAAUCGGUACCAUUCAUGAAGACGGGAGGAAAACCAUUAACUAGAUUGUCUUUACCACCUUUGCUAUGUCAUCGGUGAGAAAUGAAGUUGAAAUAUUUCUUUGAAGGAAAUGUUGAUAGCAGAAUUAUGUUGAGAGUAGAAGGAGACAGGAGAGCUCAGAUUAAAUGUCACCAGUAACAUAAUGAAUACUUGUAGCGGAGGAAGUUAAUAUGAUUUAUGAAUAAGAUGAAUAAUUCAGGAGAUAUGAAAGAAACUUGUGCAACACCAGCAUUAUUUGAGUAGAAACUGGAGAAGUAGCCGUCGACUCUAAUGGCUAUAGAGAAAGCUGUCAAUCCAUUUUAUAAGGGAUGGAUGGAGACCAUUUAUGGGGAGUAUCGAAAUAAGACCUUUGUGCCAGACACGAUCAAAGGCUUUGGAGAUGUCGAGAGUGAUAACUCUACUCUCAUCAAAGAGUUCUAAAGGCAGAGGGCCAAAGAUGAGUAGCAUAAGCUGGAAGACCACCUGUAUUCACCUGGUGAAAACCAUACUUGUGGUCAAAAGGGAGUGUGUUGGUUUUGAGAGGUGCGAGUAGUAUUUUGGUGAUUAUGGUCUUAUUUGCUUUGGAAAUGAGGGAACUGAUUGCAAUUUGACGACAGUUGGUGGGGUCAGAUGUAUCCCUCUUUUCAGGAACAGGAAACUGUUCUCUCGAGAGAACUCUCAAAGAGUAUUUAUUUUGUGGGAAAGAUCCCAUGGAAAGUAUUUUUGGCCAGUAGAAAAACAUUUUAAAAAAAGGAUCAGCAACUGAUGACAUCAAUAUCUGGAUUAAGCACGCAGAAGGAUUAGGUUCAACUAUAUUUCUUGGAUUUGUUACUGGCAUUCAUCAAAACGAUGUUCAUCUCACGAAUCAAACUACUAAGUCAAAAUAACAUCGUGUAAACGGGACUGGCAUCUAAAUUUGAUUGCCCUUGCGACGACUCAAGAAAAUGUUCUAUUUUCUUGAAACAUCGCAUGAAGGAUUGACCCUGUUAACCAAUCAGCACAAAGAAUGAGUCACAUGCUUCGAAUAUCUAGAAGGGUCAUAAACUGGAGGUUUCGCUGAAAGAGAUUUGCACGAUUUGCUGUACUCAUAAAACAUGGAUUUUCAAAGCAAAGAAGGAUCUUUAAAACUGAUAUAGAACUAGCAAGGAGAGAGGUUUUUGUGAGAUGUACUUUCGGAAGUCUACCGCACUAGGGAUAAACUUCAAGUACACUCAUUUUUUUUAUAAGAAACUGGCUAUAAGAAACGAGUACUGGACAGUCAGAAAAAAUUAAGAAACUUCAGAUCUCGAAGCAAAAAAAUUAAGAAACUAUUAAAUCAUGAUAAAACUGAGAACAACGAAAUUUUGUAAAACCCAAGAAAAAGAUUGCCCUUUUGGCCUAGAACUUAAGACACAAGCGAUAAAAAUAUACUUCCCACAUCUACUCCAGUCUCUGAGUACUCCAGUUUCUUAAUGUUCUGGAAAUUUCUAUACUCAUUGUUUCUUAAGAGUUUCUUAAUUAUGACGUCAUGAAUGAUAUUAUGAAAUGUUCGUGACCUUUUUUAUCACGUCAAGAGAUUCACUUCCGUUCCGAUGCUGUAUUUAAAUAUGGAAAGUAUGCUCUGUGGGUGGGCAAUCAUGUUCUUGGAUUUUACAAAAUUUCGUUGUUAUCAGUUUUCUCACGAUUUAGUAGUUUCUCAUUUUUUUUGCUUCGAGUACUGAGGUUCAUUAGUUUUUUCUGACUGUCUAGUCCUCGCGUCUUUAGCCAGUUUCUUAUUAAAAAAAUGAGUGUAUACUUAUUUCAUUAUAAAAGAUAAACUGGUUAUAAAAAACAACUAUCUGGCAUCUUCGUCAAAUAUGAAAAACAAUGGCAAUUUGAAGAGUAUUUCGGAUUCUCUGUUUUCUCUUUUAAUAAAAUUUGGUCCAAGAAUUUUUUUUCUAAAAUUUUCAGUGUAAAUGAAAAGUCUAGUGAGUCUUACUCAUUUUAACUUUAGCCAACUUACUUGAAUUACUAAUGAUGGUUUUCCUUCAAAUAACUCCCUAAAAACGAAAUUUUUGCGCAACAUUGAAAUGUUUGCCAUGGUCAAAUCUACAAUCUUGUUUCAAUUUGCCAUUUUUAUAAUUUUCCGCAUCACGCCAUUCUUUUUUUACCUUCUUUCCUUUGAUUUGGUCAAGGGAUGCAACGAACUGUUAAAUUUCUCUAAUAUUUUUCUUAAUUCUUAAUAUCUUUUUAACAUCAACGAUAAGAUUUUGAAGUAUGUGCCUUGUUUUAUCCGAAAAAAUGAUAGACUGGGAAGACCUAUUUUUGGUCUUGAGAAAAUAAAUCAUGAUACUGAUUUAGUUCUUCUUAUCAUCUCUUAUAAAUGAGCUGAUAUCCCGAGAUGUGAUCCCUGCAUUGUUGGCAUUUUCCCACCAUCUAUGCUUGGGGCAGGUAAAAUUUGCUUAUUUUGCUUAUUAGCCGUCCACUACAGAGAGAAAAAAAUCUUAACAAUCAGUGAUUAUGGUUUUCAGAAAUGCCGCGUUAUAGAAUCGGGACAAUCCAUUAUCACCACCAUAAACAAUAUAAAUUGGUCUUGGUUUAGUUGCCUAUCAAGGGACUCGCAACUUUGUAGACGGUACCUGUGCAAUAUCUCACGUGAAUUAUAAAUUAUUAAGUACAACGGACGAUUAUUGUUUUUUACUCAAUAAGUGACGGGUAUGUGUCUUAAUAAUACAUGCGAAUAACAAUCUGCACUUUGACUUGUAUAAAUUCUUGUAUGUAAGCAAUUUUUCAUUCUAAAGUAAAGGUCAUGCAUGACGGGCGGACCAUUCUGUGACGGAGAUUCAGGCCACUCGUUCAGCGUGUGAAGGUAUCACCAGAAGUGUCACGACCCUGUCAUCCCUGCUAAAGCUUUAGAAUACGAAACUCCCUGGCAUUGUACGUUUUGCAUGAAUGGAGCAAAGAAUCCACACAUUGAAGAAAAUCCUUUUUGUUUGACUAAAAGGAAAACUUUCGACAAAAUUACCAACAAAGAACAAACACCUGAAAGAAACCAAGAAAGAUCUUCUAAAAUAUAUAAAGAAGCAGAAGAGCCAUUCAAUCAUCAUACGAAAGGAGGUAGGAAUAGCGGAGGCCCGAAGGAUUUAUCUAUGAAUAAAAGACAGAAUUAUAAUGAACGCGAAAGUAAAACACUUGAAAACAAAUGGUAUCGACCUCGUUGUGAUGAGGAGGUGGUUCGUUUCAAUGUGACUGGCAGCCGAAGUCGGGAAGAUUCUUACAGGGCAAGAGUUAAUGGCUUCAAACACCACAGCAAUAUGUGGAUAAUUGGUAGGCCUAACGCAGCACAGGCAGUACAACAGUACAGUCAAAGACCAAAUAGUAGCAGAAAUAAUGAAAAUAUAGCGAAAAGAAGGCAUCUUCCAUUGGAUAAACAUAAUAGGGGAUUUCGAAAAUCACAAGAAAGAACUGGGAGACAGAAUCAAAAAAGUAGUUUAAGGGAACGAAUGGCGAAGCGCUAUGUUCCUAUGAUACGCCCCUACAUGAAUACCAAAAAAGCAGAGGAUGUCAAUAGAAAUUAUAACUGUGAUAGAAAUAAUGUUUGGAAGAAAAAUGACAGUGAACAGGAAAAAUUACCAGGAAGGAUAAUUAAGCAGGUAGAAGAAGACGAACUUAAAAGGAAGAAGCACCAAAGUAUAAUUGUUGAUGGGGAUUUGAAAGAAAAGGAUGUCGCGAGAAGGAGGGAAAAAGAACCAGGUUGUCCUUUAUUCGUCAAGAAGCUACCCCAAAGCCGGGGACCAGAAGCAAUCUUUAAGUCAGGUGGCAAUGCACAAAUUAGGCAUGACCGAACUUUUCCUGGAUCGAAUAGACAAUUGACAAUAAGUGCAAAGGAGCUCCCUAAUCGGGAAGAAUCGAAAUCGGUGGAAUCGGGGAAAGAAAUGUGUAGCCAAAGCAUAAUUGACUCGUCAGAUCACGUGAAUAAGAGCAAACGAUUAUCAGCUGAUCCUAAUAUAGAUGCAUUAGGAACAUCGAAUCAAAGUUCGGCAUUUUCUUUCAUCAAAAAGUGUUUCACAGAAAAACCAGGAAGUAUGGACAAGCAUCGGUCGGAGCUCAAGACUGACUACAGAAAGUUUCGGGCAGAGGGAGUUGAGGAAGGCCAUUUUCAAUGUAGACACUCUGACGCUUGCAAAGGAAUGUCAGAUAAGAGCUCCAUGCUAAAACAGACAUUGCAAGAAAAGGUGACUUUAGAUGUUUCCCAAAGUACUUUGCGCUGUAAAACUGCAGAUAAGUCCAUGAUGCAUGAAGAAGAAGCCACAGAAUUUAAAGGCACGUUAAGAAGCAAAUACAAACGCUGCACCAAAGAUUCUUCUACGGAUAAAGCUGAAACUGAUAGAUAUGACAUUAAAGAAAUUGCCGAGGAGAACUAUACUGAAAGAGAGGAUAUCAGAAACAGGACAAGUAGCAACGACAAAGAGACUGUUGAUAGAGUUUUGAGCCGGCAUAGUGCUGUUGAGUCCCCUGGUAUAAGUCGAAGAGAUUCUCAACGAACUGAACAUACCAAAAGGGGCAGUAUUUUAGAAAAUAGGGCGAUUGAUAGUUCAAAAGAGACUAAUGACUAUCUAUUCUCUAUGAACAUGAAAAAGGAAGAUGGUAUGAAAUUAGAUAACUGCACUGACCAGUCUAUUAAAGACAUCAAGACUGAGUGUAAAUUAUUUGGAGGUGACGAGCUUGAAAAAUGUGGGGUUAAGCAAGAAAUUGUUGGAAAUGAUAUAAAGAUUGAACCACGGGAAUUAGAAGCUGAUCAAUUCACACUAAAACUGCACCCAGCUAAGAUUUUGCACAGUCCCAGUGAACUUUUACAAAAUGAAGAUGAAAACAGCCAUAACAUAGACAUGGCUAGCAAAUAUGACGAUCAAACUAAAAAUGAAUGCUUCCUGAAUGGUCUUCCUUUAAAGGAUGCUCAAGAGGCGGAUUCAGUCAUCGACCAGGACCCUUGCUCUAAAAAUAGGGAAGACUUAUUUGUGCAGUGUGCUGAUAAUGAUGGUACGUUUUUCGGCUUUCGAAUUUCUGAAGUAUUCUCUCUAAAAAGUGGACCCAGCCCAAUUCUAAGUCUAUCGCCAAGCCCAUUGCUCAAAGUUACCAAAAAUAAACGCGCGGAUCAAUGUGGAAAUGUGCAGAAAUCAAAAGAAGAAAAUUUUGAAGCACAUAAUGCAAGUCAAGAUCAGAUGAAAGCAUGUUUAGAUGAAGGUAAACAAGAUCUAUAUACAUCAAGUGACAAUGAAGAGAGACCCGUUGAUGGAAAUUGUCAUGUCAACGAGGAAGCUCUUUCAAGUGGCAUGGAGGAAGAACAAAUGACUCCAGGGAAAAGUAUUCCCAAAGAAUCAGCUAUGGCCUUGUCCAAAAAGAGGAAUUUAGAAUUGAUGGGAAAUGUUCAUGAUUUGACUAAACCUGUAGACAAUUCACUUCAGUCUGAACCCGCACAGACAUCUGUAUCAGAACAGUCUCAUUCAGAACAUAAAGGCAAGAAAAAGUCGAAAAAGGCAAAGUCAAAUGCUAGCAGUCCAGUGAAUGCUAAUAUUUUUGAUCGAAUUUCAAUGGACCUUCCCCGUCACAACUGGCUAAUAGAGCGACUAGUAAAUGAAAGGAAGCUAGGGAGUGACGAUUUUCGGGGGGAUGAGAAUCUGCAGAAUGAGAACAGAGAUACAGAAAAGAAACCGAGAAAGAUUAAAAAGAGAUUGCGUCUGUCGAGCAAGAGAAAAAGCUCCGAUGGAGAUGGGCCAGAAAAUGAAACAUCAGAAACAAAACCUACACAAGUUGAAAGUCAUUCAAACUUGAGCAAAGCCCAAGUUAGUGACGAAAAUACACAUAGGUGUGACCCUUUAGCGAUUUCUGACACAGAUCAAAAGUUUGACUCUGAUAAGAUAGAAUUGGAUUCUCUCAAUUGGGCUAAUACGAUGAAGAAUAACACCAUGGAGUUGAAUCGUCAUUGCCUGUCUCUGGGAAAAGAAGAGGCGGUUGGAGAGACUGGCGAGGAAGAGGACAGCCCAGUCUCUGAAAGCGUAGAAUCACACUGUCGAAGUGGAGAGGAAUGUGACGUGACUGAAUUGGAGCAAGAGAGUUUCAUCCGUAAAAAGCCAGAAAGAGAUGUGACUCUUUCUGAAAGUGUAAACGUAGAGGUAAAAUUGACUUCAGGAAAUGGAAAUUUGACGAUAAAACAAGCACUUUCUGUUGCGAGUUUACAUGGAAACCAAAAAGCUGACGGUGAAACACCAAACCUUGAGAAGAUGGUGAAACUUGAAAACAUGUUGCCUCAGGAACCUGAACGAAACUCAUCUUUGAAAGUUUCAAUAUCAAUGGCUCGCCUAAGUCCAAAUAAGGUCGGUUUGUCACCUGUCAAUCAAAAUAGAGAAACCGAAGACAAAAACGAAAGGAGCUCUUCUCAUUACAAGGAAGAUGAAACUCAGAAACAAAGAGCAAACAUCGUGUUGACUUCAAGGCAAGGAAAAAUAUCCAAUAUUGUUUCGCCUUUCAUUUUGAAAAGCAAAAUCAAGACUGAGGAAGAUGAAGCUACUGGGCGCUCGGGCGAUAGUACCUUUGAGACGCAAUGUUAUCCUAACAGAAUCAAAACAAAAGAAUUAUCCAAAAAACAAGAGCUUGAUUUGAACGCAACGGAUAAGCUAAAUGAUAUUGGCAAAAUUUCAGAAAAGCAUUCACUUGGCUUACACCAUCUUGAAAUUGAUAGGCAGGAAAGUGGCGAUUUAGUUAGACCAUUUUAUUCAGAAAAUAAACCAUUGAAAGAGAAGCCUCUAAGCAGUUGUAGCGGAAAACAGCAAAUAUCUGUCAAUGCACUUGCUACUGAUUCAUUUUCAACCAAAGGAGACAAAACAUCGCCAAUGACAAAAGAGCCCUCAACUGAAGACUGCAAAUUGUUCCAAAAGUCGAACAGAGAAUAUCCAAGCUCAUCGAUAAAUAGAGCAAAUAAUUUGAGUAACGGCAAUAUUUUGUUGCCUUUGAAAGCUGCUAUUACAGAGCAAAAUUUAAAUCGUGAAACGCAAAAUUUUAUUUCCCCAGAAAAGAAGCCCACCUUUGAUGGAAUCUAUCAAAUCCAAAAGCACAGUAGUCCUGAUAGAAAGCGGGACCAGCUUGGAGGGACAAGUAGCAGUAAAUUUGUGGAUAGAAAUAUUAUCAGCUCUAAUAACAUUUGCGCCAAUAGCUCUUAUUUUGAUGUGAUAAAAAAUAUUGUCCCUACAAGUGAUUUUGGAUCAAAGCCCAGAGAAGAGGUGCAAUUUUAUGUAAGAAAUUCAUUAAGAAGAAAACUGGAACAAAAUCAACGAAAUUUAUCUGUCCCCCCUGAUGCACUCAACAGCGUGGAAUCUAAUUUUCACCCAACAGCAAAGAACGUAACUUCGGGUGACGUAAAUGCUUCGAAUCACAUGCUCUACAAUCGAGAAGAGAUUCCAUUUAAAAAGCAAAGAAUAGCUACAGGUACAGAAAGAGCUGAUAUUAGAAGUUUCAGCAAUGAUCAACAGUCAAGGCCCUCUAGUGAACAACGACAUGAUUCGCGUAAGAGCCAUCACGCAGCCUCUCCACAACUCAAUAGCAUCGGUGCUACUAUUCUCGGUAAAGUCAAAGAUGAUUCGAUCUCUGCUGCAACCAAAGACCAGUUACUUGCAUAUUGGCGAGAUGUCAAAUGUAAAGCAGUGAAUGAUCAACAGUGUUUUGAUAAGGCAUCAAGUGAUGGUCCUUCGUAUUUCAAUUCUAAUCACGAAAGAAGAAGUAAGUCUGUAAGUCAGCUGUCGCCAUAUGCGUCAUAUCAUGGGCUCAGAAUUAAAGAUGGUAACAAUAGGAAAUCGCGUACAAUGAGUGACUCUGCCCAAGGAUGGGGCAUUCCGUGUUUACCUACGUCCCCAAAUCGAAACAUAACCACUGUAUGUACGAGAGAAGUAGAACGAUCAUUGGAACCAAGAGGCUAUCCGGAUCAUGGAUCAACUGUGACCAACGGCCAUGGUCCUGUAAAUCGCAAUCAAAAUUUGCUGAAAUGCUGCCCAGUGGAAGGAGAGAUCACAAGAAAUAACCAGCCAGAUAGAAGACAAGUGCACGUUGAGAGUGUUGAUCUUCUGAAUGGGCGCGGAGGAAGUAUUAAUAUCCUCCCAGGAAGAAAGAUUGCGGACCCAAUGAUGGUUAGACACAAAAGCAGCUCUUUCAAUUGCACUGAGAUGCCUUUCCUUCUGGAAAAUCGGAAAAGAAAGAUUGUAGAGCCACCUCAAAAUAGAAUUUUUCAGCCUGGUCAUACAAGCGCAACCUAUGUCGAUACCAGUGACAUAGCGUUUAAUCGUGGAGAGAGUCCCUCCUUGGGAGUUCAGCAGCACAGUCCCAUGGACUCAUCUAGGUCUUGGUCUACUGGCUAUCAGGCAAACACCCUGAAAGUCUCAGUCAGAGAGGAAAGUGGCUUUAAUAGGCUGCCUUUGAGUGAUGCUCGUCGCAUACCUGGACAACGAAAUGAGAUUCAGUGCAAGAAUGUGUAUUCAUCUUAUCCUGAAGGCUAUCGCAGUGAUAACCCUUCAAUGGUUAAAGGAGAUACCCAGCAUAGAUACAUGUUCGAAACAGGUAUCCACUGGCCGCAUGAAAGUAAUCAUGGUCAGACACGAGAAAGGUUCGUUGGACAUCAUGGUCUUGACAAAUACCGUACGAUCCGAGAAUCACCACCGAAUUAUAAUAAGAGACCGGAGUAUCAGUUCGAAAUGGCGCAGCAAUAUCAACAACAUCGACAAACGGAAAUGCUGCCACAGCGAAAUAUACAGAACAGGGAGCCUGCUCAACGUUUAGAAGACAAGGAAACUCAGAAACAGCAUCACCAGAAAGCAGCGUUUUUAAAGCGUGUAGAACAAUUUCAGUCUGACUAUCAACAACAACAAAGAGUGCUGAAUCAUGCAUCAUCAUAUGAACAUGAACAGCAGCAACAUCUAAAUGCUACCUCUUUAGAGCAUCAGUAUGAGCGAGAAGUGAUGGUUCCACUACUUAAUAACCCGCUACAACACCCCAUGCCUGAACGACAUCUCCAGACAUUGCCAGGUCAAUCACAGCUGUCCCCAGGAAGUUUUCAACGCAUACUGCCUUAUCCAGUUUCAAACGAUACGUCGCUGUAUAUCCAUGAAAGUCCAAAUGAGACUGGCAUUUUAGAAGGAAAGCUGGUUUCAAGAGCUUUGCCUCGUUUUCGAUCAACAGAUAAACUGUCUACUGAUGCCCAAUUUAGUGACGGAAGACCUAGGAAUCUCCUGUGUCAGCUUUGCAAAUCAGCUGCUAAAUUUGUCUGUUCAAGAUGCAGGACUGCUACGUACUGCAGUGACCGAUGUCAGGUAGAGGACUGGAAAACUCAUGGUAAAAGAUGCAAAACAGUUCCAAAAAGCUAAUUCAGUCAUUGGUAUUGGAGGUUUCAUCACAUUUUAAAAAACUCAAAAAUUAUACGCCUUUUACAAAAAGAAAUUGCAUUCGCCGUCAAGGUUUUAUUGGUUACAGUUAAUGGGUCAAUGAAGAAAAUUUCAGUUCCAAAGCAGACACAAUUGAAUAUUUUUAUUUUUUAGAAGAUGAAUUUUAACUCUUCAACAUUCCAAUAGAGUUUUAAUAAAAUGGAAGGGAGUGGAAUUUAGUAUAAACACGAAAGGGGGGCUGGGCCCAGACGUUUUCACAAGCACACAAAAUUUCUCCCAAAAUCGCACCCAGAUAAUAAAAGGUUUGUUUUUCUCUUUUUACACAAAGCUGUUUAACUGGCCAGUGUUUUACAAAAACCUUGUUUAAAACUGAAUAUUUAGGAUUGUUAUAUCAGAAAACUAAUAUCUAGGAAAAUUUUCAACCAAAUUGAAUAAAUCAAAAGCUACUGGCCAAAAAAUUAAACAGUUAUAAGAAAAUCGAAAAAUUUCACACUUAAAGUAUAAGCCGAGCAGACAUUGUAUUUUUAACUUGCUGGGGUUUAAUAUCGGUUUUGCAAAAUUUUAAGAUAAACUGGAACAGGUAUAUUGUUAACUAAAACAUUAAGAUGUUCGUUUUAAUAAGACAAUUGUUUUGAUAACUGUAAGAUUUUGAUAACUCGUUCGAUAAAAAGUAAGUUAUGUUUAUGAGAAUCUAAUUCGUUUUUAACCACAAAUGAAAUAUUGAUAUCGAAAUA